AUGACACCUUCUCAGGUUACCUUUGAAAUAAGAGGAACUCUGUUUCCAGGAGAAGUUUUUGCUAUAUGUGGAAGCUGUGAUGCUUUGGGAAACUGGAAUCCUCAAAAUGCUGUGGCUCUCCUUCCAGAGAAUGAGACGGGUGAAAGCAUGUUUUGGAAAGCAACCAUUGUACUCAGUAGAGGAGAAUCAAUUCAGUAUCGCUACUUCAAAGGGUGCUUUUUAGAACCAAAGACUAUCGGUGGUCCAUGUCAAGUCAUAGUUCACAAGUGGGAGACUCAUCUACAACCACGAUCAAUAACCCCUUUAGAAAGUGAAAUUAUUAUUGACGAUGGACAAUUUGGAAUCCACAAUGGUAUUGAGAAUUUGGAUUCGGGAUGGCUGACAUGUCAGACUGAAAUAAGAUUACGUUUGCAUUAUUCUGAAAAGCCUCCAGUCUCUAUAACCAAGAAGAAAUUUAAAAAAUCUAGAUUUAGAGUGAAGCUGACACUAGAGGGUCUGGAGGAAGAUGAUGAUGAUAGGGUGUCUCCCACUCUUCUUCAAAAAAUGUCCAAUACCCUGGAGAUAUCCUUAAUAAGCGACACUGAGUUCAAGUGCAAGCAUUCACAGCCAGAAUGUGGAUAUGGCUUACAACCUGAUCGUUGGACAGAGUAUAGCAUACAGACAAUGGAACCAGAUAAUUUAGAACUAAUAUUUGAUUUUUUUGAGGAAGAUCUUGGUGAACAUGUAGUUCAGGGUGAUACUCUUCCUGGACAUGUGGGUACAGCAUGUCUCUUAUCAUCCACCAUUGAAGAGAGUGGGAAAAGUGCUGGAGUCCUCACUCUUCCUAUCAUGAGCAGAAAUUCCAGAAAAACAAUAGGCAAAGUGAGAGUUGACUAUAUAAUUAUUAAGCCAUUACCAGGAUACAGUUGUGACAUGAAAUCUUCAUUUUCCAAGUAUUGGAAGCCAAGAACACCAUUGGAUGUUGGACAUCGAGGUGCAGGGAAUUCUACAACAACUGCUAAGCUUGCUAAAGUUCAAGAAAAUACUAUUGCUUCUUUAAGAAAUGCUGCUAGUCAUGGUGCAGCCUUUGUAGAAUUUGAUGUACAUCUUUCAAAAGAUUUUGUUCCUGUGGUGUAUCAUGACCUUACAUGUUGUUUGACUAUGAAAAAGAAAUUUGAGGCUGAUCCUGUAGAAUUAUUUGAAAUUCCAGUAAAGGAAUUAACAUUUGACCAACUCCAGUUGUUAAAGCUCACUCAUGUGACUGCACUAAAAUCUAAAGAUCUAAAAGAAUCUGUGGUUGAGGAAGAAAAUUCUUUAUCUGAAAAUCAGCCAUUUCCUUCUCUUAAGAUGGUUUUAGAGUCUUUGCCAGAAGAUGUGGGGUAUAACAUAGAAAUAAAGUGGAUCUGCCAACAAAGGGAUGGAAUGUGGGAUGGUAACUUAUCAACAUAUUUUGACAUGAAUCGGUUUUUGGAUAUCAUUUUAAAAACUGUCUUAGAAAAUUCUGGAAAGAGAAGAAUAGUGUUUUCUUCAUUUGAUGCAGAUAUUUGCACAAUGGUUCGGCACAAGCAGAACAAAUAUCCCAUAUUAUUUUUGACUCAAGGAAAGUCUGAUAUUUACCCUGAACUCAUGGACCUCAGAUCACGAACAACUGCUAUUGCAAUGAGUUUUGCACAGUUUGAAAAUCUGCUGGGGAUAAAUGCACAUACUGAAGAUCUGCUCAGAAACCCAUCCUACAUUCAAGAGGCAAAAGCUAAGGGACUAGUCAUAUUCUGCUGGGGUGAUGAUACCAACGACCCGGAAAACAGGAAGAAAUUGAAGGAAUUUGGAGUUAAUGGUCUAAUUUAUGAUAGGAUAUAUGAUUGGAUGCCUGAACAGCCAAAUAUAUUCCAAGUGGAGCAGUUGGAACGCCUGAAGCAAGAAUUGCCAGAGCUUAAGAGCUGUUUGUGUCCCACAGUUAGCCAUUUUGCUCCCUCUUCUUUGUGUGAGGAGCCUGGUAUCGAGGUGGAUGCCAACGGCAUUGAUAGCAUGGACAGUGCUUAG